AUGAUUACAUGUGUUGAUCAUGAAGAAGUAGUUUUAGUUAAACCUUUAUAAUUGUUAAAUAAAGUUGAAAUCUAUUUAUAAGCCCUGAUUGAUACUCUCAGAGAAUUAGCCAAGAAAUCAUUUGAAUUCUAUGAUUCUAUGACAUGCCAAUUACAAUUGGAUAGAAAAACUUGGAUUGAUUAAGAUCCAGCUUAAAUUGUUUAUUAGUCAAUAACAUUAUGUUGUCGGCUCAAGAAGUAAAAGCAUUUGCAAAAAGAGCUAAUGGAGACUUGAAUGCCCUUAAGGUUUAUUUUAAGAGAAAUUUUGAGGCUCUAGCCAAGUUAAUUAGAUUCUUUAGAGGAGAUUUAACUAAAUCAUUAAGAUAAAAAAUUGAUGUGUUUGAUUACUGUGGAUGGUCACAAUGGAGAUACCAUUGGGAAAUUGAUUGAUGAACAUGUUCGUAAGCCAGAUUAAUUUUAAUGGCAAUCUUAAUUGAAAUUCUAUUGGAACAAUAAAGAUGCUCAUCUUAGAAUUACUGAUGCAUCCUUCAAUUAUUCAUAUGAAUAUUUGGGUAACGAUUCAAGAUUGGUUAUCACACCAUUGACAGAUCGCAUUUAAUUCACAUCCACUUAGAUCUUGCAUUUAAAGAUGGGUUGUGCACUUACCCGUCCAGCAGGAACUAGUAAAACUGAAAUCAUUAAAGAUUUGGCAAAUUCUUUGGCUAAAGUAUUUUAUUUGUUAAAUAGCAGAUCAGAAAUGAAUUAUGAAUCUAUGGUUAAUAUCUAUAAGGGACUUGCUAAUUCUGGGGGAUGGGUUGUUUUGAUGAAUUUCAUAGUUUAUCACCAGAGAUCUUGCCAGUCUGUUCAGGCUAAUUCAAAGCAGCCACUGAUGCUUUAUUUAAUUAAAUAUUUGAUCUAAUGCACUCAAUUGAAACAAGUGUAUCAAAUAAUAGAAAAAGACAGUUUUAUUCCUAGAAGGAGGGGAGAUUUCUUUAGAUCCAACAUGUAGUGUGUUUAUUACAAUAAAUCCAGGUUACUUGGGAGGAGCAGAAUUACCAGAAGAAAUGAAAGCAGUGUUUAGACCAACUUCAGCGGUUGUCCCAAAUAUAGAAUUGAUUUGCUAAAAAUAUUUAUGGCUGAAGGAUUUGAAUAGGCAAAGACAUUGGCACAUAAAUUUGUUACUUUAUUAAUUCUAUGCAGAGAUUUAUUAUCAAAAUAACUGUAUUAUGAUUGUGGACUUAGAGCCAUUAAAUCAGUCUUAGUCUUAGUGGGUAGUUUCAUGAGAGUUAAGAGCAUUGAGAGUUUCAAUAUUCCAAAGAUUGAAUAAGAAGAUAUGGAUGCUUUCUCUGAAUUAUUAUCAGAUUCAUUCCCAACUAUCAAUGAUUUGUAUGGUUCAAAUUUACCAACAAAGAAAUGA